CACUUGGUUUUUGUUUGUUUGUUUGUUUGUUUGUUUGUUGUUGCGCAUGCUCAGUGGUACUGUAGCGCCUUUGUGUGUGUGUGUGUGUGUGUAUAUAUGUGUACGUGUGUGUGCGCGCGCGUGUGUGUGUGUCUCAGGACCAGUUCAGGGUCUGUCGGUGCUAAACUACUUAGCUACCCGCCGUUUCUCUCGUCUUCAACAACACACAGAGGUAGCCGAGCUCCUCCACUAGCUAAAUCAUGGUGAAUGUAAAGAAACGGAAAGGUCGAGUCGUUAUCGACUCGGACUCUGAAGACAGCGCUAGUGAUGAUAAUUUAGAUCAGGAGCUCCUGUCUCUGGCCACCAAGAGGAAGAGGGUGGACUCCGAUGACCAGCAGGACGACCAGCAGGAUGACCAACCAGUCAGCAAGCCUGCAGCCUCAUCAGACUCAGAGACAUCAGACAGUGAUGAUGAAUGGACCGCCGGUGGUCCUAAAGUCAAGAAGAAGGUCAAACCAGGGAAACCGACGGCAACCGAGAAGAAGAAAGAGGCAGCGAAGAAGAAGGCACAUAAAGCUGCGUCGUCCGGGAGUUCUGGGGGAGACAGUUCAGCUGACAGCUCCGCCCCCGAGGAGGGGGAGGUGUCUGACUCAGAGAGCAACAGCUCUGCCUCCAGCUCAGACUCCUCGUCGGAGGAUGAUGUCUUCAGGGACGGAUAUGGAGAGGACCUGAUGGGAGACGAGGAGGACAGGGCUCGGCUGGAGCAGAUGACCGAGAAGGAGAGGGAGCAGGAGCUCUUCAACAGGAUAGAGAAGAGAGAGGUGCUCAAGAGGAGAUUUGAAAUUAAAAAGAAGCUGAAAACAGCAAAGAAGAAGGAGAAAGAGGAGAAGAAAAAGAACCACGAGGAAGAACAGAAGAAGAAGAGGGAGAGAUCGUCCAGCGGUCAUCAUGAAGACAGAACUCAUCAGGACCAGCAAGUGGUUAUGUCCCACAACAAGGAGAGGAGGACUAAACGGGAUGAGAAGCUGGAUAAAAAGUCUCAGGCCAUGGAGGAACUGAAAGCGGAGAGAGAGAAAAAGAAAACGAGGACAGCGGAGCUCCUGGCGAAACGGGAGCCCCUGAAAACCAGCGAGGUUUACUCGGACGAUGAGGAGGAGGAAGAGGAGGAGGACGACGACAAAUCAUCCGUAAAGAGCGAUCGCAGUUCACACUCUUCAUCUUAUUCCGAAGACGAAGAGAAAGAGGAGACGCCACCAAAGUCUCAACCCGUGUCACUACCAGACGAGCUGAACCGUGUCCGUCUGUCCCGACACAAACUGGAGCGCUGGUGUCACAUGCCGUUCUUCCAGAAGACCGUCAGCGGCUGCUUUGUACGGAUCGGCAUCGGGAACAGUAGUAGCAAACCAGUUUACAGGGUGGCUGAAAUAGUUGACGUGGUAGAGACGGCUAAAGUGUACCAGUUGGGAACGACCCGGACGAACAAAGGACUACAGUUACGGCAUGGUGGUGACACCCGAGUCUUCAGACUGGAGUUUGUGUCCAAUCAGGAGUUCACAGAAAACGAGUUCAUGAAGUGGAAAGAGGCGAUGAUCAUAGCCAGUAUGCAGGUUCCCACUCUAGAUGAGAUCAAUAAGAAGGAGCAGGCCAUCAAAGAGGCUUGUAACUACAAAUUCAACGACAAAGACAUCGAGGACAUUGUAAAAGAGAAAGACAGGUUCCGAAAGGCCCCUUCCAACUACGCCAUGAAGAAGACAUCACUACUCAAAGAUAAGGCCAUGGCAGAGGAGAGUGGAGAAGGAGACCGAGCCAAAGAGAUCCAGGACCAGCUGAAUGAGUUGGAGGAGAGGGCCGAGCAUCUCGACAGACAGAGGACCAAAAACAUCUCUGCCAUCAGCUACAUCAACCAGAGGAAUCGUAGCUGGAACAUCGUGGAGUCUGAGAAAGCCCUAGUGGCUGAGGGACAGAAUGCCAAGAUGCAGAUGGACCCGUUUACUAGACGGCAGUGCAAACCAACCAUGGUGUCUAACGCCAGAGAUCCUUCAGUCCAUGCAGCUAUCCUCCAACACCUCAAUGAGAAGUACGGAGAAGGGUCCGGCAAAGAGAUGGACUUGGAGUUUGAGAUGGGCAGGGGAGCAGGACAGGCUGCUCUGAAAGUCAUCGACCCUACUAAGAACACCAGCGACCUAUCAGAGGACCUCUUUAAAGUCCACGACUUUGACGUCAAGAUUGACCUACAGGUUCCCAACGCAGAAGCCAAGUCUCUGUCAGUGAGCGCCAACACCCUGGCAGUGAAGGACGGUGCUCCACGUAGGUCUCUAAACCUGGAGGACUACAAGAAGAGGCGGGGCUUGAUCUAAAGAACUACAGGAAGUAGAUGAGGGGCUUCAACGACUAAUCAAAUGGCCUAAAACCUCAGUCAGUCAGAACCACCUGCAUGUUGGUUGGCCAUUCGCCCCAGGGCACCAGUGUGUUUGAGGGAAGAGAGUGAGAGGUGUGUGUGAGUGAGUGAGAGGUGUGUGUGAGUGAGUGAGAGGUGUGUGUGAGUGAGUGAGAGGUGUGUGUGAGUGAGAGGUGUGUGUGAGUGAGUGAGAGGUGUGUGUGAGUGAGUGAGAGGUGUGUGUGUGUGAGUGAGUGAGAGGUGUGUGUGUGUGAGUGAGUGAGAGGUGUGUGUGUGUGAGUGAGUGAGAGGUGUGUGUGUGUGAGUGAGUGAGAGGUGUGUGUGUGUGAGUGAGUGAGAGGUGUGUGUGUGUGAGUGAGUGAGAGGUGUGUGUGAGUGAGUGAGAGGUGUGUGUGUGAGUGAGUGAGAGGUGUGUGUGUGAGUGAGUGAGAGGUGUGUGUGUGAGUGAGUGAGAGGUGUGUGUGUGAGUGAGUGAGAGGUGUGUGUGAGUGAGUGAGAGGUGUGUGUGAGUGAGAGGUGUGUGAGUGAGUGAGUGAGAGGUGUGUGAGUGAGAGGUGUAUGUGUGUGUGUGAGAGAGGCUGUCCAUCUUAAAACAAUAGGAAAUAAUAAUUAAGAGAAGACAACUUUUUUUUUUUUUUUUUUUCCCUUGAAGGUUUUCUCUUAGACAGUUGUCCACCUUUACUACUUUUCUCUCGUUAUUAUGUGGUAAAAAUUGUACUUGGAAUGGUGUUAUUUUUCUUUUGUAAUUUCUAAGUUUUUAUAAAUAAAUCUAAUGUUGGUUCUCCCUCAUACGGAUCUGAAGUUCACUCUUUUGGUGUCCAGUUCUUUUGCAAGGGCAUAGUGGUUGUGGAUUCUUUCUGUGGCCAACUCUGUCUUGUAAGACUUAGAUUGACAUGAUUUGAGGUUAUUGGGACUGUCAACAUUUAUUGGGGUAGAAUCUUGAUUUCCACCCCCCCCCCCCCCCCACCCUGUUUCAGACACGGACUGUAUUUUCUUCGUACAUGAUUUAGGUUUUCCCCUGACCUAAGAGGUUGAGGGCAGUACCACGUUCUCCAGCUGACCCGUUCUCUUUCUCAGACAGCAGGGCCGGCUCGUUAUCUGCCUGGCUACUGGACAGCACUUUGUAAAGUCUACAAAAAAACACACAAAAAAAGAUUUAAAAAUGAAUUUACAUGGAUCACAGAGAGAAUUGUUUAUUUUCUUUUUGGUACCCUUAACUCUCUCUUUUCCCGGAGCAGAUUCUAAGUGUUAUCGAUCCUUAAACAGUUCCUGUAUUGAUGUGGCAUGCCAUGUAAAUAAUUCCCAUUUGCAGUGCGGCAGAAUAAAGAGAGACACUGUUUCGUAACA